UGCAGGUGCAGAAAUGACCUUCAGCCAAUGAAAGAUAACUGGAUUUAACCAAUACAAACCAUCAUUGUUGAAGGCAGUGUUUAUUUCAAGGGAGUUUUAAAAUGUAUGCCUCGCGUCGGAGAGAUCGUCCUCCCCCACCAGAAGAUUUCGCUGCUUCGUAUGGAUACGCUGGUGGAUAUGCCCCUCAGUAUGGAGCUCAGGAGCAGGAACCACCUCUAUUGUUUGAUGAUCCUAACAAUCCCAAUCCUCCUAUGGGAUAUUCCUCAUACAAUCCAGGAGGCUUCUCCUAUGCACCCAUGCAGUCGGGAAUGCCCAUGGGAAACGUUUUCCAGAACCCCUUGAUUGCUGGAGUUGCAUCCCAGUAUGGGCAAAAUUUGAUGGGCCAGGGUAAGGAAAUGGUGGAUCAGCAUUUGGGAAAGUACAGUCAAAAGCUUCAGAACCUCAAGUACUAUUUUGCUGUUGAUACCAAGUAUGUGGUGAAGAAGAUAGGUCUCCUAUUCUUCCCCUUCACACACAGGGAUUGGGCCCUGCAGUUCAGCAAGGAGGAAAUGGUUCAGCCAAAGCAUGACAUCAAUGCCCCUGAUCUCUACAUUCCUACCAUGGCUUUUGUCACGUAUAUCUUUUUGGCUGGCCUUGUUUUUGGGCUUCAGAACAAAUUCUCCCCUGAACAGCUGGGGAUGCAUGCAAGUUCAUCACUGGCAUGGCUAUGUCUUGAGGUUGGGCUAAUUCUGGUUACCAUAUACUUAACCAAUCUGAGUACCGACCUUGUCACGUAUGACCUGGUAUCAUAUUGCUCCUACAAAUAUGUUGGGUGCGAGCUCUGCGAGUUCAGAUCUUGCCUCGAAUGGCCGCUCCAGGGCACGAUCCUCUGUCUUCGGGGAACAAGAGACGAAUUUAUCUCCUAGUUUGCAUCGCAUUCAGUCAACCCUUACUCAUGUGGUGGAGGACAUCUCAUUUAUUUUCUGGUAUCACCCAGUGACCUGUUCUCCUUUUCUAUCUUUCUUCCAAAGGUUUCCAACUGUGCCUCAAUAUCAAUAGGCUUAUAAUAAUCAAGCAUAAGCAUGCAGGUGAACAGAGCCAUAUUUAUUAUGAGUUUGAACCUCACAUGGUGCGUCUUGCUGUCACUUUCCCAGUUCUUCUGGUGCAUUAAAGAUUUGAUGCUUUUCA